CUGGCCGUGAUGGCCGUGUUCUACCUGAUGAUCCUGGGCACCGGCAUCUGGGCCUCCAUGCGCUCCCGGAAGGAGGAGAAAAAGUGCUCGGGAGACGGGAUGGAGAUCACCCUCCUGGCCGGACGCAACAUUAACCAGCUAGUCGGGAUCUUCACGCUGACCGGUGAGGAAAUGGGGCGCCGCUCCGGGCCGUCUGAGCUGUCGGUGAAGCUGAACCGGCAGCUGGAGCGGUGUCUGAGGAACUCCAAGUGCAUCGACACCGAGUCGCUCUGCGUGGUCUCCGGGGAGAAGGUGUGGCAGAUCCGGGUGGACGUCCACACGCUGAACGACGACGGGAACCUGAUGGACGCGGCCAGCGCCGCCGCCGUGGCCGCGCUCUGCCACUUCCGCCGCCCCGACGUGGCCAUCCAGGGGGACCAGGUCACCGUGUACGGCCCAGAGGAGCGGGACCCGAUCCCGCUGAGCAUCUACCACAUGCCCGUCAGCACCAGCUUCGCCUUCUUCCAGCAGGGCACCUACCUCCUGGUGGACCCCUGCGAGCGGGAGGAGCGCGUGAUGGACGGCCUGCUGAUGAUCGCCAUGAACAAGCACCGGGAAAUCUGCUCCAUCCAGUCCAGCGGAGGCAUCAUGCUGCUCAAAGAGCAGGUCCUGCGGUGCAGUAAAAUAGCCAGCGUGAAGGUGUCGGAGAUCACGGAGCUCAUCAGCAAAGCUCUGACCAACGACCGGGAGGCCAGGAAGGCGGGCGGCCGGUGGGGCUUCGCCGAGUCGCUGCCGCUCCAGCGAAUCACGGCGCUGAAAGCGGAGGAGACGGCGGUGGAGACGGCGGACGCGAGCGAGGCGGCGAGGGAGGUGGUGGAAAAAACCGCGGCGCCGCCGGCGUCCCCCGGCGUGCCGUCGCCGGUGGUUCCGGUUCCCGGCGUGGGACAGGUGGGACAGGGCCUGCCCAACACCUGGGGCCUGGAGGAGGAGGAGGAGGAGGAGGAGGAAGAGGAGGAAGAGGAUCAGGGGACAGGUGGUGACGGAGGAGAGGACGUGGACGAAGAAAUGGAGAUGGAGGAGCAACAGCCUGAAAAAAAGGAGCCCAAAAAAGUGGAUGUAAUUGAGAUAUCAGACAGUGAGGAAGAGGAGGUGGUCAUUCUUCAUCCGGAAACCACAGAGAAAGCAAAAAACACGGGGUCACGGUCCCACCACAAGAGGGCAGCGACAGCCAAGAAAAGCCAGAAAAAAUGA